GUUGAGCCAGGCUUUUCCCACAGCUGGGUGCUGCCAUUGGCAGCUCUCAGUGCCCAACCUGGAGCCACUAGUAGUGUUGAGUUUCUUGGCUCAGACCUGAGUCGCCAAGCCUGAGUUGCUUGGCUCAGGUAACCAAGCACCUUGAUAAGUGAGCUGUGCAUGGAAACGUACCCUUGGGGUGGCUCUAGGACAGGUGCUAAGGCCUUGAGAACUGGAAGGCUGUCCUUCUCAAAGGGCCCGGGCAUUUCUUCCUACGCUCCCCAGGACACAUUGUGACCACGGCAUCUCCAUUUUGCAGUGUGUGACACCUUUUGGUAAUACCAGAACCAGUCAUGGGGAGCAUCUUCUCAUUCUUAUCUGACCCCAAACUUCAGGAAGGCACAGACAAGGCCACAGAAACAGAGUGGAACUGCCCCAUCUGCCGUGAUACUCGAGAUGACCUUGCUUAUGUAAUGCCCUGCCUCCACCAGUUCUGCCUGGGCUGCAUUAUGCGUUGGGCAGAGAUGCAAAUAGUGUGCCCACUCUGCAGAGACCUGAUAGAGUCUGUCAGGUUUUCUGUGCAGACAGAUAGCUAUAUAGACUGUGUCUUCACAGCCCCCGAAGAUGCCAGCAGCUGGGCAGGAAUAACUCUUGGACAGCUGGUUAGAAACAACCCCUAUCACUUUGCAGCAUCCCCUUCACGUUCUCCACGGGGGAUAUUGCCAGCAGCUGAGCCAGGGGGUGCAGGAACAGAGCCCGUGGGUGGUCUCCUGCCUAGGGUGUGGGCAGAACUUUUCCGAAGAGACGAGCAUCUCCUUGAUCCUGUGGUGCCCUGGCUGCGGCAGGAGCUGGAGGCAAUAUAUGGGACCAGGUGGUGGAUGGCGAGGAUUGCAGAGAGCAUCAUCAUGCAUGCUGUGUCCAUCUGUGGUCCAGCUGCGAAUGUCUUGGUCCAGGUGCUGCAGGACUUCCUCGAGGAACAUACAGAACCUCUGAUCCAUGGCACCAUCAGCAUCAUUGUUGACCAGUGCAGUGAGGAGGCUCACAGGCUGCUGCACUCCCCUGCUGUCCCAGAGGAGGACAGCAGCUCUGUGACCACCGUCAGCAGCAUCCAGCGCGGUACUCCCGCCCCCCAUUCAACCCCUGCCAGAAGCUCUACAAGCUCCAAUACAACGCAAGCUGCCCUCGGCAGCCCCCACCCGUCUGCUCCCGUCCCUGCAGACCAGGAAGAGCUGCACGAGGCGGCGAUGACAGAGGAGGAGGAGUUGGGGGAGGGAGAGGAGCUGUGGGAGCAGGAGGGGCUCGGGGAAGAGGCGGGGGAACCUGGCGGAGUGGAGGAAAAUAACCUUGAGGGCAUCACCGGCAUCCAUCAGGGGGGUAUUCCCGCCCUCCCCCCAGCCCCUGGCAGCAGCCCUGUAGGCUCCAACGUAGAGGACCGACUCAGCACGUCGGAAGCUGUGCUCCACAGCCCCCACCCCCCUGUUCCCGUUCCUGCAGAGCAGGAGGAGUUGGAGCAGGCAGCAGCGGCAGGUCCCUCUGCCCAAGGCGGCAGCCACAGCCCCUCCACUCCCAGCCGGGGCCGGGACGGGGACCCUUUCCGCAGGAGGCCUCGGCGUGCCCCAAGGAGGAGAGCUGCCAGUUUCUCGGACUCUCCCCAGCCCUCCAAGAGACCACCCCAUCCGCAGCACUAGCAGGGCUUCAUUCAAGAGAAAGGAAAUAUAUUGCUAUUUCCCUUACAAA